AUGAACCGCGUAGUGCUCUUUGCAGCCACGAACCUUGACACGGAUGGAAACACGUGGACGGACAGAGGCAAACCUGAGAAAGUGGUUGCUGCGCGGAUGACGGCGCUCGCCAAGGCUGCCACGGCUGCCAUUAGAGCUUCCGAGGAUACCUCUGCUGUAAAUGGUGAGCCUAGGGCAGCGCAUGUUACUGGAGAGUCGUUUUUCGUACCCCAGCUGCAGGACUUUGACUUCGUUAUCCAUAUUGCAUCGAAAUACUCCCACGCUCGCAGGAAGAAGCGUCACGAUGAACCGAAGUUCAAGAACAUCGAGAUCCAGCAGGUGAUUUCUCAAAAUAAUUCUACGCAGCUUGCGCGUCUAUUCGCUGAAGACGUCCAGAGUAUCUAUGGGGAUGCUAUAUUGUGGUUCUGGGAUAAUGAGGAUAUGUCAAAUGUAGCAGGCCUGUGGAACCCGGCUGUGACUGCUCAGCGUACGUUCAAAGUCAAGCCUGGGUGGAACAGCGUGCCAGUGAAAAGGAAGGUGGGGGAGAGGAGGGAGGACAAGGGUGUGGAUAUCAUGGUCAAUAAGGAGGCCGCGUACAAUGAGAUGAAGAGGCUGGGUGAGGAGUUGGUCAGUGAGAUCGAUAUCAAUAGGUAA